AUGAAUGAUGCUCUUGAUCAUCAUCAUUGUGAUGACAUAGUCAGCCAUGAGAAUGUUCCAUUUCGUGUAGUUGGAAGAGGUGUGCCUAAGACCAACGACUCCACAAAGAAGAAACUUAGUUGGUUGCGCUCUCAAAUUAUUGGCGCCACGGCCGAAUUCGAAACUACCUUUGGUCGGCGCCACCUCACUUACGCCGAUCACACUGCUUCCGGUCGCCCCCUCCACUACAUUGAGAACUAUGUUACAACCAAAUUACUUCCCUUCUAUGGCAACACUCACACGAGCGACAGCUAUGUCGGAUACAACACCACAAAGAUGGUGCACAACGCGAAAAGCUACGUGAAGAGAUGCUUAGGAGGCGGAGAAGAAGACACCAUAAUAUUCUGCGGGUCGGGCUCCACGGCUGCGAUCAAACGCCUCCAAGAAGUCAUGGGAAUCGCCGUUCCUUCCAUUCUAAGGGAGAGUGUUUUAAAAUGCUUAAGCGACAAAGAGAUAUGGGUGGUCUUCGUAGGGCCCUAUGAGCUCCAUUCCAACCUUCUCUCCUGGCGGCAAAGCCUCACCGAGGUGGUGGAGAUCGGCUUCGACCGCCAUGGACACAUCGACAUGGAGGCUCUGACCAACAACCUUAGUCUCUUCAAGAAUCAAAAUCGCCAAAUGCUCAGGUCUUUCUCCGCUUGUAGCAAUGUCACAGGAAUCGUUACCGACACCCGCGCCAUCGCCCGCCUCCUCCACCAAUACGGAGUGUUCGCAUGUUUCGACUUUGCUGCCAGUGGACCGUAUACAAAGAUUGAGAUUAGAUCGAGCAAAACAGAUGGAGACGAUGCAAUAUUCUUGAUCCCAUAUAAGUUUUGA